GCCGGGCGCGGCAGCCCCAGCAUGGAAGCCAUCGCCAAGUACGACUUCAAAGCCACGGCGGAUGACGAGCUGAGCUUCAAGCGGGGGGAUAUCCUGAAGGUUUUGAAUGAAGAAUGCGAUCAGAAUUGGUACAAGGCAGAACUCAAUGGAAAAGAUGGCUUCAUUCCCAAGAACUACAUAGAAAUGAAACCACAUCCGUGGUUUUUUGGAAAGAUUCCGCGAGCGAAGGCUGAAGAGAUGUUAGGCAAACAGAGACACGAUGGUGCCUUCCUCAUCAGGGAGAGUGAGAGUGCUCCUGGGGACUUCUCCCUCUCAGUCAAGUUUGGAAAUGAUGUGCAGCACUUUAAGGUGCUUAGAGAUGGGGCUGGCAAGUAUUUCCUCUGGGUGGUGAAGUUCAAUUCUUUGAACGAGCUGGUAGAUUAUCACAGAUCCACAUCUGUCUCCAGGAACCAGCAAAUAUUUCUCCGGGACAUUGAACAGGUGCCACAGCAACCAACAUACGUUCAGGCCCUCUUUGAUUUUGAUCCCCAGGAGGAGGGAGAGCUGGGCUUCCGUCGCGGAGACUUUAUCCAAGUCCUUGACAAUUCUGACCCCAACUGGUGGAAGGGAGGCUGCCACGGACAGACGGGCAUGUUUCCACGCAACUAUGUGACCCCAGUGAACCGGAACAUCUAGAGAUAAAUAUUAGAGAUUAUUUAAAGAAACCAGAGAAACAGUAAAUACACAUACAGAGCCUAACUGCAGCCAGUGACCUAAAAAACACACGGCGAUAAAACCUGAGUCACCUUUCACGGUGAGGUGAUCCUCCUUCACUCAGUACGGAACUUCAGGGGCGGGGGGGGAAGAGUUCAACUUAAACACCAAAACUUACCUUUAA